AAUUUCAAAAUGAGGGCAGCGGACUUCUUGCCUGUUAUUUUCUACUUUUGCGUUCGUGCUUGUACUACGCUGGACGAUUGCCUAUACUCGAAUGAUAAACUACUAUAUCAGCUUAUCUUCCCACAGGAAAUUACGCCAAACACCUUUUCAGAACGCUCGGCAGCUAUGCUCCAGUUUGCACAUAUCCUUAGUGGCGUACAUUUUCUGAAUCUUCUCCCGACACAAUGCAAUAUUCAUUUUUUCGAUCAUACAACGGAAUUAGAUGUAAGCAUGCACAUUUUGGCGGAAGGAUAUCAAGUUCACCCCAGCUCUAUCACUUCCGAGCAAAUGUCGAUGUUACACCCGAAACUUGAAGUUAAUCACAUCUGAACUAUUCGCCAACGCUUUCAUAAUUCA